AUGUCCCAUCCAACCCUCUCUCAUGGCCUGAACCUCCCCGGUAAGAAACCCCAACCCGUCUCCCUCCCCAAGGCCAACACGGUCAACCCGCAAAAGCGCAAAAAGACAAUCUUCGAUUCAGACUCCGAAGACGGCGAUGGACCAAAAGAAACCAAUGGCUCCGUCGAAAUCACCACCAUAGGUGACCUGAACGAUGACAGCAAUUUCCCCAGCGAUGAACCCUCAUCCAAAAGACCCGCCAACUCCAAAAGAAAAUCCCCCGCUCCCCAAACACUCAACUACACAAACCUCUCCAGCCUCCACAGCAGUAAAAAACAUGCCCAAACCGCCGAAUCCCUCGACUCAACAAUCUACGACUACGAUGCAGUCUACGACUCCCUCCACGUCAAGAAGCUUUCGACAACCUCUUCCUCAUCUGCACAAGCGGUCUCCACACCCAAAUACAUGACCGCCCUCUUCCGCAGCGCAGAGAUCCGUAAGCGCGACCAGCUGCGCGCACGAGAUAAACAACUCCAGCGCGAACGGGAAGCUGAAGGCGAGGAGUAUGCUGGUAAGGAGAAGUUUGUGACGGCGGCGUAUAAGGCACAGCAGGAGGAGGCGAGGCGGAUCGAGGCUGAGGAGGCAGAGAGGGAGAGGGAAGAGCAAGAGAGGAGGAGGGAAGGGGUGGGGAUGGUGGGGUUUUAUAAGAAUAUGCUUGAGCGGGAUGAGAAGAGGCAUGAGGAGAUGGUUAGGUGGGCGGCGGAGGCGGCUGCAACUGCAGCGUCUGGGGAGAAGGAGAUGGAGAAGGAAGUAGAUGAGGACGAGAAGACUGAUUCGCAGAUUGCAGCGGAACUGAACGCCCGGGGCGCCAAUAUUAUUCUUAACGAUGAGGGGCAGAUUGUUGAUAAGCGAGAGCUUCUUACGGCUGGAUUGAAUGUUGUGCAUAAGCCUAAUAAGGCGAGGAUGGCGACGGUGUCUGAGAAAUCUGGGUGGGGUGGUGCGGACCGACGAAGGGGUGGUUUGGAGAUUGGUGGGUCUGGGCGUGCGGCGCAGCGAGCGAGACAGACGGGGAUGUUGGCUGCGCAGUUGGAGGAGAGGAUGCGGAAGGAAGCAGAGGAGGAGGAAAAGAAGGCGAAGGAACUGGCGGAGAAGACUAGGAGUUCGAAGACGGAGAGGGAUGUGCAGAGUGCGCGGGAGAGGUAUCUUGCGAGGAAGAGGGAAAGGGAGAAGGAGAAGUAG